CCAUUCCUCUGAAAACUGCUAUCUGAAUAAUCCGGACCUCAUCUUUAAGUCUCCGAGUGCAGUUUCCCCUGGGGCAGGGCUUGUACAAGGAGCACUAUGAGACCUUACUGGGCUGCCUGCUCUUGACUGCUUCCAAGUGACUUGGGACACAAUUCCAAGGACCAGCUGUAGUGGUCAGACAGAAUGGCUCCAGUGAACCAGCCAAAGGACAAGAAGCGUGAGAGGACAUGUCAGCAUUGGCCAGAAGAGGCAAAAUCAGCUGGGAAGAGGAAACGGGACUAUGGAGAACGAGGGAAUGAGAAACAAGAGAAGAAGUUGUUUGUGAGGAAAACAUCUAAACCCUCAGGGAAAAUCGGUUGCAGUGGAGCUGGAUUUGUGAUGAGAAACAAGAGAGUCCUCUCCUCUCAGCUGGAGCGGCGAUGCAGCAUUGUUCAUUAUGUCUACCAGAAAAUGCUGGGAGGCUCCAUUCAGGCACAGCUCAGGCAGAGACUGGAGCUGGCUUUUCUGCAUUCUCUUUCCUCAUACUGCCUCUUUCGAAGAGCAAGUCCCUUUGACAGGAGAGUGACAUGUCUGGAAUGGCACCCAACCCACCCCAGUACGCUAGCUGUCGGUUCCAAAGGUGGAGACAUCAUCCUUUGGGACUGUGAAGUACUUGAUAAAACCUGCUUCAUAAAGGGGAUGGGAGCUGGAGGGGCCAUCACAGCAAUGAAGUUUAACCCUUUUAACCCUAGUCAGCUGUACACUGCGUCAGUUGCCGGCACUACCACCCUGCAGGAUUUUAAUGGCCAUACUGUCCGGGUCUUCACCAGCACCGAGGACUGGGAUUGCUGGUACUGCAGUGUGGACGUUUCUGCAAGCUGCCGUGCAGUGGUGACAGGUGAUAAUGUGGGCAACGUGGUCCUGCUCAGCACUUCUGGUGAAGAGGUCUGGAAGCUGAAAUUGCACAAGAAGAAAGUGACUCAUGUAGAGUUUAACUCCCGAUGUGAGUGGAUGUUUGCCACAGCAUCUGUGGAUCAGACGGUCAAAAUCUGGGACCUCAGAAACAUCAAAAACAAAACAAACUUUCUUCAUCUGCUUCCACAUGAGAAACCUGUCAAUGCAGCUUACUUCAGCCCAACACAUGGUGCCAAGCUUCUGAGCACAGAUCAGCACAAUGAAAUCAGGGUUUACUCAUCUUCAGACUGGACCAAACCACAGCAUCUGAUUCCACAUCCACACAGACAAUUUCAGCACCUCACACCUAUUAAGGCAACGUGGCAUCCUCGCUAUGACCUCAUUGUCGUAGGUCGCUACCCAGACCCCAAGUUCCCCGGGUACACGCUGAACGAGCUGCGCACUGUGGAUGUGUUUGAUGGAAACACCGGCGAGAUGGUUUGUCAGCUCUACGAUCCAAAUGCUUCUGGGAUCAUCUCGCUCAAUAAAUUUAACCCUAUGGGAGACACACUGGCUUCUGGCAUGGGCUUUAAUAUUCUGAUCUGGAACCAGGAGGAGAUGGCAGCCAAGAAGCAUGAACAUCUCUUGAAAGCCAUGACAAACGAGAUUGAACCAUGAGAGAACACGGGAUUGGAAGCUGGAGUUCAUCCAGACAUGGAGGGCAGAGGCAGGCAAACCCUGGCACAAGCAAACUAAAAAGCUAAGUUAAUGUCUGGGGAGCUGUAAGAGAUGAAAACAAAAAGCAGUGAUUCUAAACUGCAGGGAAGGAAGUAAAAAGAGAAGGAUCUAGAGAACUGCUUUAGUAUUUUGUUCCUUUCUGAAUCCCAGCAUACAAACUCAGUUGUUGGCAACGGGCAGUAUAAGCCAUACGGGGAAUUAGACUUCGUCCUUCCUCCCCAGAUCUGAUGUUGCUUCCCUGAUCCUCUUGGCCUCCCUUUCUAGAAAGUUGUGUCAGUACUUGGUUCCUCCAGGUGGAGUUACUACUCGUUUUCUGAGGCACUAGGAAAACUUCAAAGAUGUUCCCAGAUCUUGCUGAAGUUACUGCUUUCAGCCUACCAUAUCUGUUUGUCAUCACUUGUCAGAGGCUCCCAUUUCCUGUAGUCUGCAGUGGAGCAGCUCAUGACAGGGUCCCCAGCCUGUUCUAGCCCAGCCAAGCUGAGAAACCAUUUGCUAACAGGACUGACAUCCUGAAAAGAUAAAAUGUUCACAGGGGUGAAUUCAUGGAUAGCUUGGGUAUCUUAGGAAAUACCAAGCUCUCCCAUAUGCAAGCUUGGAAAAUGUGUUGGUCAAGACAUCAGGCUUAGCCUGUUCUUUGCUUGCAGCUGUUUAACUGAACCACAAAGAACAGGAUGCCAGAGGUCUCUAUCAUUGAUUGCAAGGACAGUAUGGCGCUGGGCACCUACUGAUUCUGUAGUUUCUAUUUUCAGAGUUCUAGGCUGUUUCUUGUCAAUGAUUAGGCAUUUUUUUUCACCUAUACCUAUGUGCUUCAGAAUGUUUGAUAACAGUGUUAUAAAACAGAAAUGAGGGAUUUCUUCCAAAUACCCCUGCUCAGAGCCAAAUCUCAAGAUUGUUGUUAAAGGGUUAAGUUUUGCUUUUUCUACUUUGUUUACAAGGCUGCUGCUGUCCCAGAGGUUGAUGGGAUGGGAUGGGCUCCAGGCCUGUGCAGAUUCUCCACAUUCACGUUUGUAGUUUUGCAAUAUUAAUAUCAAUAAAAUUUUGUACUAAACUAAAAUUCUUUGAUAGAGUGGCUGCUUUGAGGAUACUACUGAACUGCUUUUGUAGGGGAGAAGUUUUCUACAGGAGGGCUGAGAUGUAGUACUGGGUCUGCAGCAGACCCCUCCAAGUUGGACAGCAUUCAUCAUCAGCUGUAUCCCUGAAUAGCUGCUGCA